ACUGCAAAAAGAAAGCGAGGAGUUCUUCAGCUCACCUUUGUUUUGCAUCUCUGCACUUGCUUCUGUCAGGAGCAAGACUUCCCGCCUCUUCUAUCUUCGCCGAAGAAUCCAGAAAACCAAAAGCAAUGGACGCACCAGCAGCUGCCGGCUCCAGGGGACCCCCCAAGUUCAAGCAGAGGGCGGCCCGCGUCUUCAAGAGCAAGGCCCCCAAGCCUGGACAGAAGGGAUUUGGCGACGACAUCCCAGGAAUGGAGGGACUUGGAACAGACUUCACGGUUGUCUGCCCAUGGGAGGCCUUUGGAGACAUGGAGCUGAGCGACCUGGCUAAAUACGGAAUUGUGUAGUGACCCGCCCCCUUUCUGACCGCCCCCGGCUCUCCGACCUCCACUCUCCCAUCCACACACGAUGCACACACAUCCUCUUGGCCUACCUCACCUAGAGUGGAACUUUCCUGCUAACCGCUAACCCCAUCGAGGCUGAGCUGUCGACAGUCACACAGAAUGCGGCUAUCUACACAGACAGAGCUGGAACCACCAACCAAGAAACCGUGGAAGACAGAAGUCCUCCUUAACGUUUCUGUCUAAUUGACUGAUUUUUGAAUUGAUGGCAAACGUGACCGAUGCGUCGAUCUUGCGGACCAGGACCCCCUUCCUGCCUGCACCCUUUUCAGAAUGACCAUUAGCACUAGUCAAUCUUCAAUGCACUGCAUCGGAUGGACACUAGUUCCUGGUGCAAUUGGUUAUCAAAAGGGUUUGACAAAAGCUGCUAAUUUUCCCCCCAAUAUGUUUGCCUUGUCCAAUCUUCUCCCUCUACCUGUUCAUAGUGUAAAUACAUUUUUUUUGAAUCCCUGAUGCAUGUUGAGUUUGAAUGUUACCUGCUCAAUACUGGGUGUUCCAAAGGAGUAUCAUAGUAGACGGCUGGUGUGACGAAUGCAGAGUGUUUGAAAUAAAG